CUAGGCAACAAAAUGCGGACAAUUAUCAUUAUGUUUAUUGUAUUUAUACUGUGUAGUGCUAAGGAUUUCAAUGACAAACUGGACCGUUACCUCAUCGCUUGCCAUACGACAGACUUUGUUUGCUUCAAGCGACAGUACAAAGCUCUGAGAGACAACGUGCUAUUAGGCAAUUACUUAUUGAACAUAGAUUAUUAUGAACCUUACUACUUCAAAUAUGGAAACAGCGGCACCUGCAUCAAGUUAUCAGGCCUUGAGGAGAGCGAACUUGUUGGGAUAAGCAUGGACGGUGCGGUUGGCCAAUUUAGUUUGACAUUAGAGCUGCCUCUGAGGGUACAACAGGUGUUAAACGACACCGCGGUAUGCGCUGAACCCGACCGGGAAUUUACGAAAACAAUAUCAAACAACGGUACAUUGAAGAAAUUUAUGGGUAACGCAACUAUACAAGUGGUAUAUCCCUAUGAGAUACGAAAGAAGAAGGGAGUCAUCCAUAUGGUUCUAGAAGAAGAAGAUUUAGACGUGAUUGUGGAUAUACCAGAGCUUGUAGAUUAUGAUAUGAAUAAUAUAGAAGAAAUAGAUACAUACAAUCUAUCUGAAUGGGCAUACAACGUGGUGCAACAUAUAAAUGCAGCCAAGAGCUUCGCUCUACCAUACACCAGUCAGUACAGGGCACUAGCAAAACGGAUAUCUAUAGAAAGAUUGCUCCUUCUAUAUCCGGAAGAAGAAUAUACAGAUAUAAAGUUUAAUUUCUCAGAGUCAGCAUAUUACUAAUAAAUUAUAUAAUUAUUUAUGGUCAGCUCCACCAU